AAACCAACUGUGCCUGAGCACUGAGCGUCCUUUCAUCGCCGCCCGGAGGAGUCCUCCACAGCAGGCAGGAUCAGAUAUCUCCGAGCCCGCUGACCGACGGCCAACACGGGGUCAUAAAACAAGCUCUCCGGCCAUCAGCGUAGGAGCUAACGAGUGAAGCUAGCAGGGCUAACCUGACAUGGCGACGGCAAUUUACUUGGAGCAUUACCUUGACAGUAUUGAAAACCUCCCAUGUGAGCUACAGAGGAAUUUUACUUUGAUGAGGGACCUGGACAACAGGACUGAAGAAAAGAAAGGAGAGAUUGAGAAACUGGCUGAAGAGUACAUCGCCAACGUGAAGAACCUGGCUUCAGCUCAGAGAGUGGAACACCUCAAGAAGAUCCAGAAUGCCUACAGCAAGUGUAAAGAGUUCAGCGAUGACAAAGUCCAGCUCGCCAUGCAGACGUAUGAAAUGGUGGACAAACACAUUCGCAGGCUGGAUGCAGAUCUGGCUCGGUUUGAGAACGAGCUGAAGGAGAAACUGGAACUGAGCGGCCACGAGAGCGCAGAGGGACGAGGUUUGAAAAAAGCUGACUCUCGGGGUCUGAAAGACAAGCGUGGAUCCAGAGGAAGAGCGAGGAAAGGUUCUGAUGAAGACUCUCCUCGAAAGAAAAAGAUGAAGAGCAGCCCGGACCUGAGCGACGCUCUCCUGCCGAUGCAGCCAUCUGAUGUUCUGGACAUGCCAGUGGACCCCAACGAGCCCACAUACUGUCUGUGUCAUCAGGUGUCCUACGGAGAGAUGAUUGGCUGUGAUAACCCUGAUUGUCCUAUUGAGUGGUUUCAUUUUGCAUGUGUGGAUCUCGCCACCAAACCCAAAGGAAAAUGGUUUUGUCCGAGGUGCACCCAAGACCGAAAGAAGAAAUGAGAUUUUUGAAUUUUAAAGUACUCACCUAAUAAUGUAUGUAUGUUUGGUGUAGUUUAAUAGUGAUAUAUAUAAAAACAUAUAUAUGUCUUGAUUCCUGUAACUCUCCGUAGAGCUGGUUCAUCUAUUUUAAAGACGUGAUGCUGAUUAGGAGUUCAGCUGCGCCCGUUAAACCAUCAGACACUCAGCAAGGGUCUUUACACAGACAUAUCCCUGAGUAUCCUGGUUUAUAAGGGUGCUUUUACAAUAGGCACGACUGUAUCAUACCUUUCCCUGGAGGAUUCACCCCUGCUGGUCUGCUUUCACAUCAGCAGCAUCACUCUGUGCCAGAGCAUAGUUGCUUAAGUCCAGUCCAAUACAGUAGGUAGCGGUUAAGGAUGUUCCUAAGCGUCUAUUUCCCUAUUCAGCUAAACGCUCAUUCACAUUUAGUUUAACCAACUAGUCUAAAGAGGAGGAAACCCCUAGAAAACAGUCAAAUUCCUCACAGGGUCAUUGUGUCAGUGGGUGUGAUGUUAGCCUGAUAUACUCUCUACAGUGUGGCAAGCAUUAAAAGCUAGCACCACCCGCCUUUGUUCCUCUUUGCAGAUUAAUAUUGUGCUUUGAUAUUUGGCCUCUUUUCAUUUUGUGUGAGUAGUUAUACGUGAGUUUAACCCUCAACAGCCUACAUAACACCUUAUUUCCAUUUACAACUUUAGAAAACAGCUUAGCCACCCCUGAGCUUCUCAUGUUUACAUCCGGUGAAGUGCUAGAGAGGAAGGCAGCGGACAUUGACUGAAGCUACUGCGGCCUCUAGUGGCGGGAGGUUCAUUAAAGUUUAAAAGAGCAUAGUAGACCGGGAUUUCAAGCCCAUGUUCAGAAAAAAAAUGAUUGGUGGUUAGUUUAACUGACUUGUAGACCUCGCGCUGGCUAAUUUGGUAAACGAUUUUAACCGUUUUACCGAUUAACUGCACGUAUCCCUAGUGGUGGUAUGCACAGAAUUGGUUUGCAAGAAGAAUUGUUAAUGCGCCAUGAAAACAAGGCAGUCCAUUCUGCUAUUAUAAAUGCUUCUAAUAUUCCUUUAAGAUGCCAACAACAGCCCAGAUGACAUAAAAGACCUGAGCUGGUGAGCUCUGACUGUUACUUUCACUAUCGCUUCUAUGGAUUUCCAGAGUGCAUUCAGGAAAGUUUGGAUAAACUGCCUAACCGGUGGAAAGCUCUGUCAUAAAGCUGCUGCAGCUCUGUCCAGUAUCAGGGCAGAGUUGUGUUCACAUCUCCUGCGUACCGUGCCGGAGGUGCCGGUCUUUAGCACACUGCCCUGGUGUGAUGUGUUGACAUUCACACUGACAAAAUUGAACUGGACUGUGGGCUCUAGUGAGCUUGGAUCUGGGCCCUAGAGGAUGGACUCCAUAGUUUGCACAAAGCAUACAAGUGGUUGCCACGGUUGUCUUCUUUAUUCUUCUUGGGGAAAUUGCAAACCAGCUGUGCACACCACCGCCUACUGUGUUGGACUGCUCAGGCAAGAUACAGAACAAUCAGGUAUACCGUGAAAAUCCCCAGAAUUGCUGUGGUUUGUUGCAAAGUCUAAACAUCAUAGAUGCUUGCAUUAAUAAGAUGCUGUUGUCAUAAACCAGUACGCUAUUAUAUAUCAUGUAUACAGGGGUAUGAAUAACAAGGUGUGAUCAAUACCAGGAUAAGGCUUAUAACCUGGAUACCUAGUCCAUGUAAAUGCUUUCUCUCUGUUACAGUUUCUGUGUCAUGGAGUUUCAGACUGCUGUCUUUGUCCGGUAGCUUUAUAAUUAUGAAUUCAAGUCUCAUCCGUGUACUCUUUAAACUCGUCAAAAAGACGCACAAGCUCUAACCAAUCGGAAAGUCCUUCCACUUCAGUCUCAUAGUGUAAAUACUGACAUGCUCAGAACACCCGGAUUGUUGCUUUAGCAUACUUGAAAUGUCGAUUUUAUAAAGAUGUAUUUUUAAAACAAAUCCUAAGCCUGCUGAAAAUUAAAGAUGUAAUUUAAACACCUAAAUCCUUACUGAGCUUUGGUGGUAAAAUGAAUUCUGUGUCAGAUUUCAGUGACCUACCUCCUUGGGGAAAAUAUCGACACUGAACCAACGACUGCAACUGAUACCCGUGUAAAAAUGUUUGAAUUAUCUUAAACCAAAACAUGUAAAUUAAUUAUUUUUUUGAUUGAGAGAACAACCUGCGACAUCCCUGAAUGUAUUGUGGUACUUUUGGUCAGUGUCUCCUGAGGUUUUUAUGCACUUUGAAUGAAAAUUUCCCCUCACGAGGUUUGAAACCUGCAGGCUUGGUUUUAUGAAAUAUUUUAUCUCAUUUAAACCUUCGCCAUCACUUCAAACCACAUGGAAAUAUAUAAAAAUUAUAUAUAUAUGUUUUGUAUGAUAUAAAACAAUAUUUUGUGGACACAGUUUUUCCAAAGAUAUAUUUGUUGUAUUGCGUACUUCUUGGUGUACACUUAAAAUUUUAUUUAAUGGGAUUUUAGCAUCUUCUUUCAUACUCGACUGUGAAUAUCACUCAUUUAGGUGGAAGCCACAAAUCAAAGAGCCAAAGUCUUUGUAUUUUGUAAAAUGCAGUAUUUUAUAACAAAUAAAUAUUCACUAUUA